AUGGCAGAGAAAAUGACUAGCAUGGACGGCACAGUGCCGGAGGCCAAGUAUCACAAACUGGCGAGUGAAUACUCAAAGCUGCGCGCCCAAGCGCAAGUGUUGAAGAAAGCUGUGCUAGAUGAGCAAGCGAAGGAGGCGAGCCUGCGCGAGCAACUGCAACAGAACGCAACAUCGCUGAGACGAACAGAGCAGGAGGUGGACUCGCUUGGUUUUCGCAACAAACAGCUGGAAUCGCGGGUCUCGCAGCUGCAGCAGGAACUAGCCGUGCACGACCAGGCGCAUAAGAAAAAGGAGCCAAUCAGGCGCGCGCUUUUGGGUGGCAGCAAACCAGAGCCACAGAGUGAAGCCGCAAACUUAAACGCAGCGCAAGAAGCGCUUAUAUUCGAGGAGCUGCAGAAAAAAAUAAUGGAAAACGCACAGCUAACAUCAUUGAUAGAUGAUAGGCAACGCGACUUGUUGCUGCACACAGAGCGCAUUUCAGAACUGGAACAGAAGCUGGAGAGACGAAUUGCUGACCAGAACGAAUUGGAGAAACGGCUUCGCAAAGAGGUAGAAACGCUGCAGCAAAGAAAUUGUGAACUCGAAACAAAGUUGGUAGAUGCUGCUAGCAUGCUUGGCAGUGAAGAUGCUUUGAGCGCCACUGGCAGUGAUAGCACCCCGCUGCACAAUCCCCAGCAGCAGCAGCAGCACCAGCUUAACACCAACUUGGCCUUAACGCUCACUGCCGAAGAACGCAUUGCGCUACUGGAAAAGGAGGCGGCGCACUGGCGAGCCCAGUACGAGGUGACGAAACUUCAUCAGAGCAUAAACUCGAACACGAACGUGGAUCUCAGCAAAACAGUCGAUGCCAGCAGUAUUUGUAGCUGUAGCACAGCUGCAGCGGGCAUCACCGUGAAACCAUGCUGCCUAGAAAAUAAGAGCGGACAGCGUGUGCGCGAUUCGCUGCAGGAACCGCCAGAGCCACCUACCAAGGAGCAACUUAUAUACAGCGUGUUUAGCAAAAGGUACGAAGAUUUAUUGCGACUGAAGGCUCUGGCCGAGUCGCGUCUGCGCUCAUUUGAACAGGAGGCAUUACAUUUGCAAAUCUGUCUGGAAAAUGCAACGCAAGAACUGAAAGCCAAGGACGAGCAGUUGUCCAGCCUAGGCGGUGCACUGCAGAUGCUCGAGGAGGAACUGACCACGACUCGCAUCAACUAUGAGGAGCAAAUCAGCGUCCUAACGGAGCAAGUGAUAAGCUUAAGCGAACAACUGGCUGCUUGCAAAUGAAUGUCUGCCUGUCGCACUGCUUUAUAUUGUAUAUUAUUUAAAAAUGACCCGGCCACUGUCCAACUUAGCAACUGGCUAUGUUACUACUGCCCUGUUGCCGGCUUAUUGGUUAUUGGAUUAUCGUGUUUUCCGGGCUAGAAUACUAUUAAGGGGAACGAUAACUAGCGCUUAAAACCUGUACAUGACCGAUG